AUGUUAAUUGAAGAGCGUAUAUUAACACUUUUCAGAAGGAACUGUCAACAUACACUGACAUACUGGAGUGUGUUCUUCAGCUUUGGACUGAGCAUAGCCUUUCUGGGGCCAACGAUCCUAGAUCUGAAAUGCCAGACUGGCUCCACAUUACAGGAGAUCACCUGGGUGUUCUUCUCCCAGCAGCUCUGCCUGCUCAUCGGCAGCUCGAUUGGAGGAGCUUUCACAAAAACGUUGUUCUGGGCCCUCAUCGCUCUCUUCCUCUCCUCCCUCAUCAUCUCUGUGGUUUUUGCUAUCAUCCCACUUUGCUAUAAUGUGCUGUUGCUGGCGGUUGCUAUGGCAGUGUCAGGCCUGGCGAUGGGCAUCAUCGACACUAUUGCAAACAUCCAACUGGUGUCCAUUUAUAAGAAAGACUCUGCUAUCUUUCUACAGGCACUGCACUUCUUCAUUGGGCUCGGUGCUCUGGUGAGCCCCCUGAUUGCAGACCCUUUCAUAUCAGAGCACUGCCUGGGCAGUAAUAGCACAGAAAAUGCCACAGAGAUAAUUCACCACUUCAGAUCCAGCUUCAGGUCACCUGUAAUCCUCGCUGAGAAUUCCCCGCACUCAGAGCCGGUGGAGGAGAAGGCCAACGUGGCGUACGCCUUCUGGAUCAUGGCUCUCAUUAAUUUACCCGUGCCGAUUGUGGUUUUUGUGCUGAUGUACCAAGAGAAGCUGCUCCCCUUCUGCCCAAAUAGCACACCACGUCUGCUGGACAAAGAUGAGCUGGCCAUGGAGACUAAAGCACCAGAAGGCACAGAAAUAUCUGAACCAGACGAUGCAGGUUUUCAUCAUGGAGGACAUGGAAACAUCUUCAGCUGCUGUAUGAAUGGUAGCCUGCGUGGGUUACCGGUCACGUUUUUUGGUAUCCACAUCUUAGGCGGUUUGGUGUUAUUCAUGACGGAAGGUAUUAUGGGGGUCUACGCCGGAUUUGUUUACACGUAUGCUGUUUCAGCUCCCAUGUCUCUGCACGCUAAAAUGGCAGCAUACCUGAACUGUAUCUUCUGGGCAGCUGUUACUGCUGGACGACUGGUGUCCAUCCCGCUGUCAUACCGAUUCAGAUCUGUGCAUCUGCUCGUCGUGAACCUGGCUGGUGUGAUUGUAACAUUGCUGCUGUUACUGAUCCUCUACACAAACAGAGUGUUUCUGUUUGUUGGGACGACCUUGCUUGGGCUUUUCAUCAGCAGUGUUUUCCCCUGCCUAGUGGCCUACACCGAGGAUAUCCUAGAGUACCGCGGAUGUGCAACAACAGUCUUAGUGACAACUGCUGGAAUGGGUGAGAUGACGUUGCAGGUGUUGGUUGGAUCACUAAUUCAGAAAAAAGGCACUUACAGUUUUUUAGUGUGUGGUUUGGGCACUGGAUGCCUCGGUUUCGUCUUUUUUCUCAGCGUGAUCCUGUGCAACCGCAUCCACAGAAAUCUCACAGGAGCAUCUAAAAAAGCAGCCAUGGUGGAAGCGUCACCGGCACCUGCUCCACCUGCUUCAGAGAAAGCAGCUCCAGAACAGAAAGUUGCUGUAAAACAAACUGAAUCAAUUAAAUAUGACUCUGGAUGA